GAGAGAGAGAGAGAGAGAGAGAGAGAGAGAGAGAUGUGCUGUGAUGGUGAUUGUGAGUGCAGACCCUUGGGGUUUCUCCUGGGUCUCCCCUUCGCCUUUCUGUCACUACUUCUCUCCAUAGUCGGCGUCGUCAUCUGGAUCGUUGGGUUGCUUCUGAGUUGCAUAUGCCCUUGUUGUUUCUGUGUGACGGUGUUGGUGGAAUUUGCGCUGGGAUUGAUCAAAGCCCCCAUUCACGUCAUGGAGUGGUUCACAGAUCAGAUCCCUUGCUGAGGGACGAAUUUCUUGAAAUUCUUUGAUACUUAUCACUUGUUUCUCUGUAUUUAGUUAUCUACUCCCCCUUCUUGUAUGAUUUGCUUCUAUGGUUUUGUUCAAUUCGGAAUUCUUGUUUUGGGGAUAGCGUUGGAUCAUGAAUGAUUGUUGGAAUGCGAAGAACUGACCAGAAAUUAUAAAGUGCUUUACUAGUGGAUUUUGUUUGAUUAUUA